UGUAAUAGCUGCAGCGACCUUCAGUGAGCUGAUGGUAAUGUCAGGUCAGUUGUGCUACACGCCUUGGGGACAUAGGUUGUACACAUCAUCAUGAGGGCAUGCGUCGUUGCGGGGACGGCCAUAAUACUGGCAACAGUAGUGUUGUGUGACGUCACAAAGGUGAAGACGUCAGAGGAUUCCGUUGGUUCACUUCCUGAUCACUUUGUUCGCCCUGUUGAAGUUGCAAAAGCUUUUCUCCGUAACCGGAAGUCUACUGACGCCAUUUUGGGAGACAAGAAAAAGCGAGGCUGGGAGUUUGACAACGACGAGGAGGAGGAGGAUGAGGAGGAGGAAGACGAUCGGUUUCGAGGCGGGGUGAAUGUCGGGGGUGGAUACCGCAACCGGGGCCGCUCUAGGUAUCCCGGCAGGGUUAGUACCUUGUACCGCAGCAGCUACCGCAGCAGGUACCGUCCCCAUGGUGGCUCUCGUAUCAGAGUCAGGACCAACAGAAGAUACCGGAUUACGAAAAGGCGGUAGAAGCCCGAUAGAUGUCUCUUCUGGUAAUGACCUCGUUCUGUUUUGGCCUCAUUUUCAGCAAUAAAACUCUCAGCAAGUUC